AUGGCCGAAGAACUCAUCCAUACCUCCCAAAUAGCAUACGCUAGCCCAGUCGUUGCUCUACACGCGAGCCCAAAUGCCGAAACUGCGUCAGGACAGCCCCUGAAAGAAAGGAUUAAGCGGUGUAACGAGUCCUCAGAGGGCUCAGCACCGUUUCAUGAAAUUAAGCGCGAGGACCUUCGCGUCGGUGGCCCGAUCCUAUGCCGCUUACCCAUGGACAUACACUCUAUCACAGCCGGUGACGCGCUGAUUUCGAUCUAUGAGUCAAAAUUACGCGAUAAUAUUUUGGAAAUAUUACGAGAAAGGGACAUCAGGUGGAGCACCAUCGACGUCUUUCGAUGCCGCUGGCGCGAAUCAACUUUACCCCCCAAGCGAACAAUCCUCGUUGAGGCCAGAAGGGAGAAUAUUGAUGACCAAUGGGUCAAAUGUUGCGAACAGAUCAGGAAACUCUGUGUUGAAAUCGGAGCCCCUGAGGUCAACAUCGAGAUAUAUGACCACAAUGCACGUGUACCCGUUGUUUCCCAUCCGAUCGGUCAGGACGAUAGAAUAGUCCAGCUCUGGCCCCAUCUGAGAGAGACAAUUCUUAAGGCUCUAGAGGGCAAAUUUUGGUUGACUUUGGAUGUUCUCAGGCGGGGAAGGGUAGAUGAAGAAAAAGUCCCAACCAUCGUCAUCACUGUUCCCGAUAUUCCAUCCAAUGUUGCAAACCAGUGGAGAGAUGUGAGAGACGACAUAAUUGACAUCAUCACCGAACAUGGCCUCGACGAUGUCGCAGUUGAAAUCGGAAGAGGGACUGUGGAUGACCAUAAAAGGGCAGGUGAUGGCAUGUUGGAUGAGCGAGAUUGGAGUAUGAAAUCCCAUGUUGGGAGAAGUCUAGCUCGUAUGGACGACUCUAAAUCAGCUGGAACUUUUGGCGGAUUCAUAGUGCUAGACUUUCCAAAUGCCCCAUCCAAAGUCUGUGCCCUUACAUGCUUCCAUUGCAUCGUCAACGAAGACGUUCCAGCAGCAAAACGGGACAGGUGGAGACGAGAUGGCAUUAGGUGCAAUGACUCUGACAAUGAUAUCGUGGUUGCACAUCCGUCCAAGCGAGACCACGAUGAUAUGAUACAGCUUUUCAGACGAUCUAUCGCCCGGUAUCGAACCCGUCAAUUUAAGGAACUUGAAAAACGAGCUCAAGACCCAGAAGACCCUCUGAAUCCUUCUGAACGGAAAACUUACGAAACCCGACUGAAGUGUAUUGCCGAGUUUGAGAGCAAGAUUAAACGAGCUGAGGAGUUCAUUGACGGAAACCAUCACUACUUCGGUACUGUUUUCGCUGCAUCAGGCCUGCGAUUGAAUGAGUCGAACCGCUCGUUAGAUUGGGCCUUGGUGGAAGUGCCAGAGGCAAGACUCUGUAGCAACAAGCUUCCUGAUGCCGCGUCAAGGGUGUUCCGCCCAUUUGCACCGCAAUCCGCCACGUACAUUGUGGAUUCAUCGUCCGAUUUAGAUAUCGAUAUGCCUGUCAACAAGCUUGGGAGAACCACUGGCUUCACUGAAGGCACACUCAACGGCAUUCAGACAACGAAGCUCCUUUCACGGAUGGCCGGGGGCCAGUGUGGUGAUACACCCAGACAACAGUAUGGAUGUGACUGGGCGAUUGUGCGCAGACCUGGCAGCGAUCAGUUCUCCGAUUUCGGUGAUUCCGGCGCAUUUGUCUUAGAUAUGGAUGCAAAGGUUGUUGGCUUGCUUUUCUCUGGAAACGACUUCUCCGGAGCCACUUACAUGACACCUGUUUGCGACCUGUUUAAGGACAUUCAAGGCAUUACAGGUGCGAGCGGGGUGAGGAUUCUCGAGACUGAGGAUAACCAUGAAUGA